AUGGCGCCAAACCACCUCGUGAUAGUCUGCGGCCACGCAAUUUGGCUCGGCGGCCGGAAGAACGGCUGGGAGGAAGCUGAGUGGCUGAUUGAGGGGUACAAGCAGGGUGAAACACCAACCUUCAUUGAGCACAUCAAGGCUGGUGUGCAAGUGCUGACUAACUUCCACAGCGGCCCAACCCGCAAAGAAACUCCGCUCUCCGAAGCCCGUAGCUACUUCAACCUAGCCGUCGCCAACCUCUUCUUCGGUCUCCUUCCCUCCUCUAUCACCGGCGACACUCUCCUCUCGUCAGGCCGCAUCCUCCUCGAAGAGCGUGCCCUCGACUCUUACUACAACAUCCUCUUCUCGCUGACCCUCUUCUGGCACACCCAUCACACGUGGCCCCAGCAUCUAACCAUAGUCAGUCACGAUUUCAAGCGCACGCGACUCGUCGACGGCCAUUGCGCAGCCAUCGGCUUCCCGCUGGACAAGAUCUCCUACAUCGGGAUCAACCCGCCCGGAAUUGACAGCAUAGGUUUGGGUGGGCAGGGAGAGAAGGGAGAGGUGAUGAAGAAGGGCGUGCAGUUGACGCUGGGGUUGUGGAAGGAGGAUCCGCAUGGGGUAGGGGAAGAGUUGGCGGGGAAGAGGAGGGCGAGGAAUUGUUGGGGAGUGCAUCAGCGGCUGUUUGAGACUGAGGAGGAGAGGGUGAGAAGUGGGGUUGAGGUCAGGGUGCUGGGGGAUGGGAGUGAGGCGCUUGUGGAAGGGGGUAGGAGGCCUUGGGCUGGUUGA